CUUCAAUUACUUGAAUCACAUGUCUUCAGACAACUUGUUGGAAGGAGACGCCGGGGAUUUGGAAGCCUGCUGCCAAUUCGUGUGCGGCUUUCGUCCGUUUUCCAGGAGCACGAUAAAAGACCAAGGACUAGUCACAUGCUCAGGGGUCGCGCAUAAAUCUCUCUGGUCUGUGCGGAAAAAACGAAAUGGAGGUCGGUAGACUGAUUAACUCCUCCCCAGAGCGGUACCUGGCUAGUAUGACUGCGAUACGAGCUGCGUACGGACAUGGUCAGAUGAACAGACGGGCAGACUACUAUCAUACGUUUGGAGCCAUGGUCCCAGACUCUGUCCUGUGUGAACCGGGGACCGACCUGCGUGUGCUGGGGAUAGGCAGUGGAUCAGGGGAUGUCGACAGCGUCAUUCUGAAGAAGCUUCUACAACGCCACGACCGUGUGUACAACAGGGUCGUGGAACCGUCGGGGGAACUCCUCGAGCAAUACAAGACACGAAUGCGUGAAGACACGAGCCUCGGUGCUGUGAAGUGUGAUUGGCGCCAGCAGACAGCAGAAGAGUACUUCCAGACAAAGGGAGACACAAAGUUCCACCUGAUCCAUGCCGUCCACGUUCUGUACCAUGUGGACGACUUUCACGCCACCUUGCGGAACAUGUGGGGACAUCUGGCAGAUGGUGGAUGCAUGUUAGUCGCCCAAAAGUCAGGUAAGGAUGCCGGCGGAAGGCUGUACUACAAGUUGUGGGAUGAGUUCGGCCAGGGAGACCGGUUGAAGACGUCGCUCCGUACGUCGGUUGACGUCGAACAGUGGUUUGACGCAGCGGGCAUCGAGUACGUCACCUCAGGGGACGGGCACGGAUGGAACAUCGACAUCUCCGAGUGUUUCCAUGAAGAAUCGGAGGCGGGGAUGAAGAUACUCGACUUCUUGACACAAACACCUUACGUGUGCAGUAACCGACCAGAAAUAAGGUCAAUGGCAUUGGAGCAUAUGCGAAGUAAUUCGUCUUUGGUUGAUGGUAAGCGUUUUUACAAAGCAGAGUCCGAAGUCAUGGUCGCAUUAAAAAAAGGCGAGUAAUCGUGAAGAAUUUGCGAUCAGUCGGAGAAUAGGCCUUGCCACUAUGAAUGAAUAAAAGA